CUGAUCGCCAAGGCUAAAGUUUAAGUGGGAACCACUUCCAAGGUUGCAACCAACGCCGAAUUAAAUUCAAAAAACAUCGAUAUUAUCGUCGUUUUCUUUUUCCAACACGCACUCUACGCACGUCUACCAAAGAUCAAUUUGCAGCCGUUUUCACCGUUUCCUAACAAGAUGUCGACCCAAGAACUGUCGAUGGACCUCCCGGUCAUCGACUUGGACGUCUUCCUCCAUCAACCUCGCGACUCGCCCGCGGUGCAGGCCGAGUGCGCCAAGGCGGCAGAUGCCCUCAUCACCUACGGCGCGCUGGUGCUUCACGACUCGCGCGUGUCGGAGCAGGACAACGACACCUUCCUGGAUCUCCUGGAGGACUACUUCGCGCAGCCCGAGGCCGACCUGAAGAAGGACGAGCGGCCCGAGCUGGCUUACCAGAUCGGCGUGACGCUGGAGAACACGGAGAAGCCAAAGUGCGCCGUCGACGAGCCGUGCCUGCGCGUCAUCGAGCGCCUGGCCCCGUCGGAGCGCCCGCUCGACAUCUCGGCUCACUCGCCCGACCCCAAGUGCAGGUUCUUCUGGCGCAUGGUUGAGCAGCCCCCCUACAAGACGCAGUUUCCCGUGCUUAAUGCCGAGAACGUCACGCCCGAGGCUCCCCACAUCAAGGAGCGCUGGGGCCCGGUGAUGAACCAAUGGGGGACGGCCAUGAAGAAUGCAGUUGAGGGGCUCACACAGAUGGCUGCCGUUGGCCUGGGGCUCCCGGUGGACACGUUCAAAGAUGCAGGCCGAUAUGGGCCCCACCUUCUCGCGCCGACGGCAUCCGACCUUCAAAAGUACGGCCAAAAGGACACGAUCCUGGCCGGCUUCCAUACAGACCUCAACUUCCUCACCAUCCACGGCCGGUCGCGCUACCCGGGCCUGCACAUCUGGGCGCGCAACACGGGCAGGCGCAUCCCCGUCAAGAUCCCGCCGGGCAACUACCUGCUCGUGCAGGCCGGCAAGCAGCUCGAGCACCUCACGGGCGGGCUGAUCAAGGCCGGCUACCACGAGGUCGUCGUCAACGAGCGCACCCUGCAGGUCAUCGAGGAGCGCCGCGCCCGCCUGCCGGACCGGCCCCUCAUUCGCAUCUCGUCCACCUUCUUCUGGCACCUGUCGUCCGACUACGACCUGGUGCCCAUCCCGGAGCUGGCCGAGCGCGCCAAGCUCGUCCGGGCGCAGCAGUUCGACCUGGGCAAGGACGAGGGUGAGGAGGUCGAGUACCCGCCCAUGAAGGUGGGCGAACAGGUUCAGAACGAGCUCAAGCACAUUGCUCUGAUGGCUUCGAGCUGAAGGAGGGGUUGGUGGUCAGCUAGCAUUCUUAGCCAGGUGGCCUCGGAGUUUUGGGUACAAUGGACGCCAAAAAUUCAUGGUUAACGCGAACCGACGGCAAUCAUGUUUUGAAAUGUAUUUCUGUCAUAAACCUCGAGUAGUGAGAGCGGACCCGGGCCUCGGGUGUAUCAGAACCGUACAGCUGAAGAAUCUGGGAACAUGAUGUGAGAUAUUACGGCUUGACGAAUUUCUCCCUUGAAGAGUCUUGAUUUCAUGUUUUCUGUUUGUUUCAAGGGGACAGUUGUGUAAGGGCGACGACAAAGGCGGUCCACGAUGUUGAUCUUAUAAAAUCAUCCGCGCGAGCCCCUUCCAACCAACCAGACGCUACGGCGGGUGUCCACACCUGCAAGUCUUCCGUAGUAUAGUGGUCAGUAUGUGAGCUUGUCAUCGAACAACGCUCGAGACCCGGGGAUCGAGGAAGGAGCGGACUCUUCCGGGACCAGCUCGAUCGACUCAGAUUCGGGGUUGAUUUUCAGCAUGACCAAGGACCGCUUGUCGCCAGCACCGAGGUCUUUGAGGGCCUGCAGCGCGUCCUCGGCGACGGGGGUCAUCAGGUUCUUGCUCAGGUGCAGCUCGCGCGUCGCCGUGCCCACGCCCGCCUCCUGCUCGGCGCGCCGCACCUCGCCCAGGCUCCUCUCCUCCUCUGUGAGCGGGGCCUCGAGGGCGGUGUGGGCGUCGUGGCUCUUGAAGCCGGCCGGGCUGAGCUCCUCGGGGGUGUCGCGGAAGUGCUCGCUCCCCAGCUCGCGCACCAGGGUCAGGCGGGUCGAGGCGAACAGCAUCUU